CUCAAAACGCUUCCUAUACAUACACUGAACGCUGAUUAGACCAAACAAAUGUUUUUCUUCCGAAAGAGUUAAUGUCAACCGAUCAAACAGUGUAUUUAAUGCAAACGCGUCGUCGCCAUAUCAGUUUCUUAAGGGAAAUCGUAAGGUAGGCCAACAACCGCAUUACAUUUCAUCGGAUGGCACAAUGGAGGUUGCCGCAUGUCUGCCACAUUACGCGUACACGCGUGGCACGGCCUAAUUUCCAACCACCCCCGAAAUGCGCAAAAGGAAAACAAGCAUGUCACAGCCUGUGACUUUUGAAUAGAAACCAAUGAAAAGUGUUUAACCCGACAAGACUCGUAUCGGCUACCUUGCCGAGCACGAGCCGUCUCUCUAAAAUGGAGGAAGUUACGCCUUUGUUAGGACAAGGAAACAAAUGGCGUGAGGGUUAAAAAGCAAACGCUCAAUGUCGUCUACUUUCGAGCGCUUAACGCACAGCGUGUCGGAUGAUAUACUGUAUGCACGAUGGAUUUAUAGACUCUAUGCGCUUCGCUUACAUACUUUUUAGCGCGAGAGCUACCUGAGAAAUAGUGCAUCGGGUUAAGUGGAUGUGAACGUACACAGACUGGGGGUUGGGUGUGCGGUGCCGAUUGGUCGCUCUCGCCAGCAGACACACACACAGGCAGUCAGAUCAGGGCUCGUUUUAACACACACAUACACACGACCAGGGGCACUCGGCAAGCGGGGCAAACAAUCAUGUAUUUAAAUCGAAAUCGUGGCCGGUGAAAAACGUGCUUUCGAUGCAUUGACGUGGUGCUCCGGGGAGAGUGACAGGCAUUCCGUUUCAUUCUCGUGUAUUUAUUCAUCUGUGUUUUUUCAUGUUGAAGAGUGGAGAGGGAGAGAGAGCGAAAUGAGUGCCGAGGCCGGGCCUACUGCUGCAAAUGCUGCUGGGAUUUUGCAGAUCCUCUUUCAAAAAUUGAGAAAAAGUAACGCUACGUGCUCGAGUUUGAGGGGCUUUCCGGUGGUUUUGUCGUGACCGAGCCGUAAAUGGAUGGAGCCAUGACAACAUGAGUCAGUCAUACAAAGUGGCUGGCAAGGAUGGCUCGGAGUGUCGUGGCGAUCCGCAGGAGACCAAGGCACUUGAUAGCCGCAUCAGCUCCUGUGGACACCAGAGUACAAAGCGACAGGGGGACCCGGGGUCUGCCAUGCAUUUCUUAAACUCGGGCUACAAACUCUCCGCAUCCCCGUUUUCGUACGCCCAAAGAGAGUCCACCCCCAACUACAGUCCGCUGAGAAGACUUCAGGACCUGACCACUAUGGUGAACCACGUAGACGUGAGUUUGCAGGACGGGCGGAAUAAAUUGCACGUUCACAAUCCCAUUGGAAGUAGCGAGUUCGGAUUAGGUCUCUACCACACUUCCAGUUCGCAAGGAAACGCUGACAGGACUACCAUUCAGGAUCUGGACAAGAACGGGUUCUCUCCUGUAAGCUCGGAUAGUUUGGAACACUUUCCGUCCAUCUCAAAUGGAUUUUUGCAUUUUGAGUCGACGCUGUUUGACAGCGGGGAUAGUAAAGAUGAGGAUGAGAGGGGAGAUAAAGUGGCGGUGUUUAAAAAUACACCAACCAAGUGCCAGAAACGAGAUCUGGCGGUUACGAAAGCCCUCAGCAGCCAGAAACUGGACCUAAGUACAAACAAACAUGGAAGUUGUAACCCUGUUGCUAAAAAUAUGGUGCGGGUUGAGCCUUCGGCCAGUCCCUCACAUUUGCCCGUUGAGGUCAUGAUGGAGGAUUUUGACAGUAUGGAUGACUAUUCAGACAGCGAUUGUGAUCUGCCCAGUACGGCGAACAGUGCUUCAAUAUUCAACACUGGCCUCUGUAAAAGAUCAAAUUCAGCCAGUGACUCCCAUUCAAAUCCUUCCAACAGCCCAAAGAAGAGGACCCUUCCAAGUGUUAAGUACUCUUUUGGAGAUGUCGUGUGGGCCAAAUUCAACCGCAGACCCUGGUGGCCCUGUCAAGUAACGAAUGAUCCACAGAUUGAGGUCCACACCAAAAUGAAAGAUCCCAGUCGUCGGCCAUGUCGCCUUUAUUUUAUCAAGAUGUUUGGGGAGAUUGUAGACCAAGCAUGGGUCCCAGCAAAAGCCAUGUUUCCUUUUGAAGGAGGUCAUCAGUUUGAAAAACUGCCAGUGUUGAGACGGAGAGGAAGACAGAAGGAUAAAGAUUACAAAUACACGGUUCCUAAACGUCUCAUGCCAUCAUGGAAAGCUAGCGUCUUGGAGGCAGAAGCAGCACUGUCCAAACGGUUAAAAAGUGACCUGCCGUUGACCUUGGUUCGAGAUGUACACACACCUGUUUCAGAAGACAAGGCACCAAAAAGCCCUACUUGCCCAGCAUCUACUACACUAUCCACAUCAUCAAGCACAUCUUUGUGUAAUGGAUUAGAUCCAUCCAUUAAAAGCAUAGCCAAACCUAGCACUGCAAACAAAAAGAAGUGUUCAAAUAAGAAAAACAACUCGGUCAUAAAAACUCCAGUGAAAUCAAACAGCAGCUCUUUCUCAAAAUUACUGUCAAAUGCUUCGGACAGCUACAAAAACGCAAAGUGCAAAUCUGACCCUGUGGAUAGUCCAUAUUCGGAUAUUGACUCCGUUCCGAGGAUUCUUUGCCCCAAACGCUCAGAGGAAUCGCCCAAAAAAGAGUUGCCGCAAGAAUCGAGCACUAAACCCAAGAAAGAUCAGCCCAGUAAAAAGACUAAAAAAGCUUGCUCGGAAAAGCCGGUUAAGAAGAGAGAGUCUGGUUUGAAAAGCACAACGAACAUCAAGCUGAAAAAGUCAACACCCAAAGACAAAACACUUAAGGUAACAAACUCCAGACAUAAGGAAAGCAGUUCCCCCGGGUCAGAUGGAUCUUUCGCCAUGCACUCCUUCUAUUUUCCGGCCAGCAGUGGAUUAAUGUCAAGAGCGCUUGCAGCCAGCGAAGAACCCGAGGACAGUGAACACUUAAAUCAGGAGCCUGAAGAUCCGAAGUCUCGCUCGCCAUCUGCUAGAGGCAACCGCUUCGAUUCUGAUAGUAAGUGUACGUCACCCAAUGAUCGCUUGAAGUCCUUAAAAGAACAAUGGCAGUUAAAAACCGAGACAGGUGAAGAUUCCACAGAUGAAUCGUUGUCCCACACACCCCCAAACCCAUUGCUGACCAAAUUUACCAUAAUCCGCUCAGAGAAAAAUGGCAUUCACAAUGGACCCCAGCUUAAAAAUGAAAACAUGUUCUCGGACGCAUCAUCUUUGUCUGCCCCGUCUCCCUCCAUCUCCCCCAUGGAUGCCUUCCAAGACAUCAAGGAGCUUUCUUUCAGGUCUCUAGUCAAAGAGGAAAGCAACUCAGGAGAGCCUUCGCUCCGUGCAGACUCGAAUUAUAAAUUCAGCACUUUCCUAAUGCUGCUGAAGGACCUGCAUGACAGCCGUGAGAUCGAAGGGAAACCUUUGACGCUCCCCCCAACUUCUCCAUCCUCUCUCAUUAGGGAUGAACCCUCUCUCAUCCCCACCGGUGAAGACGCAACGGCUAAGUUACUUUGCGAAAAGGAACAGAAGACUAUUGGGGAUCAGAACGGUCGGCAGGUGAAGACGUCAACGCCAAACGGCUCCAAACUAAACAAAUCCAAGCCGAAAUGUGCAAAGAAAGAGGCUCCGAAACUGGAGGAUGGGAGCAAUUUAGUCUCUCAAGUAAAAAAGCACAACACGUCAGGAGGUCUUGAUACACACAAGAAGGUCUUGCCACAGUUAGGAGGACUCUCUAACUCUCAUCUUGAUGCUGUUCAUGAUGUCUGUGGCAAGGGCAUGAUAUCUAAAGUUGCACCCAAGAAACGAUGGCAAACGUUGUGCAACAUUGGGAACAGCCUGAAGCCAAAAAGCGAUACGGUCGGUUUGAAUCAAGAUGUAGUGCAGGUGUCCGCAGAGCUCAACGGAGUCUUCAAAGAAAGUCAUGAAACUCCACAUUUAGACAUCCCAGAUAAAAAAGAUAGUUCAGAAAACAAAAGACUUCGAAAACCAAGUAAGAGGUUGAUCGAAUCUAGUGAAGAAUAUGAACAGGUAUUUACUACGAAGAAAAAACUGAAGCCCUCCAAAGAAUCCUGUAAAACAGAACCCUGGAUCACGAACACGGCACAGACACCAUCAGAAGAGAUGGAUGCAGUUGAUGCUCUCAGCUCACCACCUGAAAACCCACCAGAGAAGUCCACACCAGAAGAGCUAAAAUCAGAAGAGCUAAAACCAGAACAGCUAAAACCAUCAGAUAGUCAUGUCCCAACUACAACACCAGUAUCUGCAUCCUGUGGAGACGCCUCACUAGACAGAGAGUCAAGCGAGAAGAAGCCUGAUAAGACAUCCUCUGAACGAAAGAGACCACGUAAGCCGAUACAUAGGAUUCUGGACUGGACUUUUGAGGGGGAGACUGUAAAAAUCCCAAAGAAAAGAAAGGAGAAUAAACAACAAGGUGACACCCAAGAGGACGCGGUUGUCAAAGAUUUGCAGGAAAUGCCUGAACCAAUGACAUCAAGCCCAGCUGCUGCAUCACCAGUGUCACAAAGUGAAGCUGAAACACCGUCUCCAGUUCAGAACGACACCCCCAAUGUCUCUCAGAUCCAGCUGGAUGAGGAACAGUUCAGCCCAUCAAAGCCUCAAACAAAAGAGCCACACACAAACGGCGAGGACAGCCUGAUCGCUGAAGUUUUUGGUGCGGGACUCAAUGACAGUGCUUUUUCAAGCAGAGAUUCUUUAUCAUGUGAUUUGGGACUCUCAACCAGUAAAAAGUCAGUGGAAAGGGGCGGUGGUGCGUCAUUGAAGGAGAAUGUUUGCCAGGUAUGUGAGAAGACGGGUGAGCUGCUCCUCUGUGAGGGGCAGUGCUGUGGUGCCUUCCACCUGCAGUGCAUUGGCCUCACUGAGACACCUAAAGGGCGCUUUAUCUGCCAAGAGUGCAAGACGGGUGUCCACACGUGUCUUGUGUGUAAAAAGCCUGAUAAGGAGGUGCGGAGGUGCAUGAUACCCGUGUGUGGGAAGUUUUACCACAUGGAUUGCAUUAUGAAACAUUCCCCCACUGUCGCUCAGAACCGCGGCUUCCGCUGUUCCCUACACGUCUGUCUCGCUUGCUACAUCACCAACCCCGCCAACCCUGGCAUCUCAAAAGGCCGUUUAACCCGCUGCGUUCGCUGCCCUGUGGCCUACCAUGCCAAUGACUACUGUAUGGCUGCCGGCAGCAUCCCAUUGGCCAAUAACAGCUUCCUUUGUCCCAACCACUUCACUCCACGCAAAGGGUGCAAAAACCAUGAGCACAUAAAUGUCAGCUGGUGUUUUGUGUGUUCUGAAGGAGGAAGUCUGCUCUGCUGUGAAUCCUGUCCUGCUGCUUUCCACCGUGAAUGUCUGAAUAUCGACAUGCCUCAAGGAAGCUGGUUUUGUAAUGACUGUAGGGCCGGAAAGAAACCCCACUACAAAGAUAUUCUGUGGGUGAAAGUAGGCCGCUACAGAUGGUGGCCCGCUGAAGUGACUCAACCGAAAAGCGUCCCUGAGAACAUCUACCGCAUGAAGCACGAGGUGGGCGAGUUUCCUGUGCACUUCUUUGGCUCCAAAGACUACGUGUGGACGUACCAAGCACGAUGUUUCCCCUACAUGGAGGGCGACGCCAACAAUAAAGAGAAAAUGGGAAAGGGUUCAGACGCCAUAUAUAAAAAAGCUUUAAAUGAAGCAGCCGAUAGAUUCAGGGAACUUCUAGCAGAAAAGGAGAUGAGACAACUCCAAGAAGACAGAAAGAACGACAAAAAACCUCCUCCCUACAAACACAUCAAGGUGAACCGGCCUAUUGGGAAAGUACAGAUUAUCACUGCCGAUCUAUCUGAGAUACCACGGUGCAACUGCAAGGCCACGGAUGAGAGUCCGUGCGGCAUCGACUCGGAGUGUAUUAAUCGCAUGCUGAUGUACGAGUGUCAUACUCAAGUGUGUCCAGCAGGGGAACGAUGUCAGAACCAGUGCUUUAACAAACGCCAGUACACUGAGGUGGAGAUAUUCAGGACGCUGUCACGUGGGUGGGGCUUACGCAGUGUGUCGGACAUCAAAAAGGGAGCCUUUGUGAGCGAGUAUGUCGGAGAGGUGAUUGAUGAAGAGGAGUGUCGUGCCCGAAUCAAACUCGCGCAGGAAAAGGACAUUUGCAACUUCUACAUGCUCACUCUGGAUAAGGAUCGUAUCAUCGAUGCCGGGCCGAAGGGAAACCAAGCGCGUUUUAUGAACCACUGCUGCCAGCCGAACUGCGAGACGCAAAAGUGGACGGUCAAUGGAGACACUAGAGUGGGGCUGUUUGCCUUAGAGGACAUCCCCACAGGUCUCGAGCUUACUUUUAACUAUAACUUGGAGUGUCUGGGAAACGGGAAGACUGUGUGUAAAUGUGGAGCCCCUAACUGUAGUGGAUUCCUUGGUGUAAGACCAAAGAAUCAGCCUCCAUCUGAUGAUAAAAACCGAAAACUGAAGAAGAAGGUUGCAAUAAAGCGGAAGAGUCAGUCGGAGGUCACCAAGGAAAGAGAAGAUGAAUGUUUCUACUGUGGAGAUGGAGGGCAGAUUGUGUCUUGUAAGAAGCCCGGCUGUCCCAAGGUUUACCAUGCUGACUGUCUGAAUCUGUCCAAGAGACCUGCAGGUCGCUGGGAGUGUCCGUGGCAUCAAUGUAACGAGUGCGGAAGAGAGGCGGCGUCCUUCUGCGAGAUGUGUCCCAACUCCUACUGUAAACAGCAUCGUGAGGGAAUGCUUUUCAUCUCCAAACUAGAUGGCAAACUGUCCUGUAGCGAACAUGACCCGUGUGGCCCUGAUCCUCUGGAGCCUGGGGAGAUUCGAGAAUACAUGCCCGGCACUCCCAUCUUACACACACCUCCCAACAUGGCAGGUGCGAGCCUCUCCGCAGUCAGGGUUCCCCAACCCGCCCUUCCGCCUGCAGCUCCCCUAUUCAUCCCCGCCCCAAACAGACCCGUAUUCAAAGCCCAAAGCGAACAAUACACAGACAAUGUCGAGAUGGACAGUGUAGUUUUGCCAUCCUCCUCCCCUUGUAAAGACAUCAAGGAGGAAGAUGUCAGCGAUGAGGGGGAGGUGGUGGAAGGGGUCAUAGGAGAUGAGGGAGACGACGAAGGCCUUGAGGUGGUAGAUGAUGAUGAUGAUGAUGAGGAAGAUGUGGAGUAUGACACGUUGGGGUUUGAGGAGGAUGAUGAUGAUGAUGAAGAUGAAGAUGAAGAGGAGGUGGACUGGGGAGAUGAAUGCGUAGACGAGGACUUCGAAGAUCAGGAGGACUUAGGAGAAGUGGAGGGGGACGACCAGGAAACAUCAUGGGACGAGGUCAUCGAAGGAGAAAAGUGAACUCGCCUCUGUUUUGUAAAUCGUACAUCUCAUGCACAUAAAAACUCUCUAUGAUGAGGAAAGAUUCAAAGCUGUCCGAGCACAGCGGACGACCAGUAACGGCAGAGCAGUGAGCAGAAACUGCCCGACUGAAUGCAACUUUGAAAACAAUGCACAUGCGCAAGAUUGUUGGUAUCGGCUUGCCUUCUCAAUCCAAGUCCUCUUUGAAAAGUACUUCUAGAGGGUUUGACCUGGUGCUGUGGGACUGUGUCUGGCUCAGUCCUGUUGUUGGUUUAUAAUUCAUGUCUGGUGCUCUGUUGUGCAUUUUAUUUCCUCCUCAAACUGUUUACAUUCUCUCAAACUCUGAUCUAAACAGAUGACCUCACGUUGGGCAGAAAUGGAGCAGCAUCAUGCCAGAAAAUCUCAUGCAGUGUCUUAAGAAACACAGAUGUUGAUCGUGCUGUUGAGCAACCUCGUAAAUUGUCUAUUUAAAUAAAGUAAGUUUCUAAUAAAGCGGAAACCAGCAAAGCAGUGGAAGAUUAACAUCUUGGCCCUCCACCUAUUAAGUUAAGGAUUAAUAUGACCAAGUCACAACAGUAUGGCUCUAAAUUCCACCAAGGGUUGUUAUGGUACUUGAAAUGAUUUUUCUCUGUUCAACUGGAACUGUCAGUUUAUACGGCGCAGUCACUACACAAUAUGAUUUGUGUAGUGUAAAAAAUUGAAAUACAACAUUCCAAUUUCUCAGCAAAUGCUAAUAUCAUAAAUGGAGAAAGGUUCAAGAAACGUAGUCAUUUGUAUGAUUUUGUUAAUUCUAGAGAAGUAAUGAUAAUUGUCUGGGCUUGAGAAUUAUAGGAAUGAUGAGUUUGUGCUUCUUAGAUAAGCUUGAUGUUACAGGAAGUUUACAUUUCUGCUUUGCUCAGUUAUUGAAUUUCAGUCUCCAUCUGGAAAUAUGAUCAGGUGCCUCACUGUGGUAACUAUUAGGAUCCGAAAAUUCUAACCCCAUUAUAAACCUGUGUAUGUGUUAUGUUUGUGUGUCUGUGUCUUAAAAAGGCACGUAUGAAUGUUUUGCACUCUUUCAGAGUUGAUGAGGAAUCUCGAUCGUGUUUUCAUAAAACCCUUAAGGAAAAACCAUUCACCUUUUUAUACAGAUUUUUUUUUUAUAAAGCACCGACUGAAAUGCUUAUGUGUCUAAAAGCUGAAAGUUGAUGUGACAGAUGCCAUCUGAUAAGAGAAAGCGUCUCAUCAUGGCUUCUCAAGUCAUUUUCUAUUUAGACUCAAGUAAAUCCUGCAUAUUUGACAAAAAUAUGCAACCGUCCCUUUUUUCUUCAUACAGAAGACUAUCUUUCUUUUAACUUACUUUUUUUAGAUGCUGUGAAAACAUCUCUCACCUUUAUAUGUAUUCAAAAAUUACAAGCACCUUUUUGUUUAGAAAUAUUCUGCACCAGAUACAAAUCCCUUUUUAAAAAGCUGAAUCAUCUGGUAAAACAUUGCAAAGUAGAUCCAUUGUUUGGAAAUGGAGAUGUCAUGUCACUGUUAUUGAGCUGUUUCAAUGCCUUUUGGCCUUACCCUACAAUUUCUAAUAAUGUUUUUCAAACGUAAUCAUGUGAAUGCUUAUUUUAAAAGAUUUGUUUUCAUUUCAUCAACAGCCUUUGUACUUCUGUUCUUAGCUCUUUGUAUUCUAUCAAAGUCAUGCUUUUCUUUUGUAUUUAUGGACCUCGUGUAAUCUUCUACUCUUGGUUUUGUGUUUCUCGUGUUUGGCAAGUGUGCUGCUGUGCGUCGGCAGGGUUUGGCCCCUUGAUACCAUGAAAAGAUUGAAAUGCAGAUGAUAGCUUCCUGAGGACAUUUGGGCGAAAUGUUUGCUGCCAUGUUAGAGACCCAUGAUUUUGUACUGUACCUUGUGCAUAAUAAAUAUUAUAAGUAAAAUUUUACAAUAGACACAACAUUCUCCGUUGGUUUUUAUCAAGGCC